GAGACAAGCGAGUGAAAUAGCCUAGAUUCCUAUGUCCUGCAAUGGCCUUUUCAAACGUUUGUUCGUAUUCUGAAAAAAAUAAUCAGCUUAUGGUAUAAAUAUAUAACCUAUAGAUAAGGAAAUACUGUCUGAGCUUUUGGUUGUUGAACCAAAAUGGCCAACACUACGAUAUGUACAGAUACAUCAGAGGCAGUGGAACUUUAUGAUUCCCAGGGUCUGUAUCUCAAACCUGUUGCCAAAAUCAACAUAUGUGUACAGCUGCCUCAGCUCAAAACUGCUGGGAAAACAAUUUCUAACUGGGAAGUAAUGGAAAAGAUUAAACACAUGGUUAGACCAGAAGUAUUCUUGACACUUAAGAUAUUUAAAAGUACGUUAGAGUUCAUAAGACUGGAAGGUGAGAUAGAAAACAAAAGUAGGAUACACAACAUAAUCCUAAAGCUUGAUGGGAAAACAAUAAAACUUAGUGGAUUUACUGAAAUUCUCAAGGUUAGAGCUGCAGAGGCUAAAGUUAAUUUUCCAUCUCGACACGACUGGGACUCAUAUUUUAGGGAUGCGAAGAAUAUGAAUGAAAUGAGACCAGGAGAGAGACCUGACACUGUUCACUUAAAGGAUUUACCAACUAUAUGGUUUGCUGCUAAAUUAUCUGAUAAAGAUGUAAAUAACAAAGAGCUGAAACCUUGUGAAGCCAUUGUGCGAAAAGUCUUUCAAACAUUUGGUGAGAUAAGAUGUUUAGACAUUCCCAUGUUGGACCCAUAUCGAAAAGAGAUUUGUGCAAAUUUAAAGAAAGGGUCAAUACAGACAUUUUCAUAUGGUCAAGAUUUGACCUUUGAGUGUUAUAUUCAGUACAUGAACUAUAUCAGCUUUGUUAAAGCUAUGGAUUCACUUAGAGGGAUGAAGCUCUUGUAUAAAGGUGAAGACAAGGCCCUUACAGCUGUUAUCAAGGUUGACUUUGACAAAACUAAACAUCUGUCUGAAAAAAAUAUCAGGAGAAGGAGAAUAGAGAGGGAGAAGCUUGAGGCCUUAGAAAGAGAAAGGGUUGAAAGGGCUAGGAGAGAAAGAGAAGAUGAAGAGAGAAAGAAGGAGGAAGAGAGGCGAAAGAAAGAGGAAGAAGAGCGUGAAAAGGAAAGAAAACGACAGGAAAAACUUCAGAGAAAAGAAGACAGAAGGAAAGAGCGUGAGGAAAAGAGGCGGAGAAAGAAAAUAGAGAAAAAGCAAAGGGAAGAAGAAGAAAGAAUGCAGUACAAAAUAGCGCUUGAGGAACGAAGGUUUUUAAUAGCUCAAAGAAAACUGGAAUCUCUGAGACUCCUGUCAGAACUCUUUGAACGCAUCAAGGCGAUAAGAGUGAAAAAGUAUUUGGAGCUGAAAGAAAAAGAGCUGGAGGAAGAAAGGAAACAGCAAGUUGAAGAAGAGAGGCGUCGCAGGCUGGAGGAUGAUGUGAGAAAAGCUGAGGAGAAAAAAGCCAAGAAACAAAAGCUUGUGCAACAGGAAUUGGAGCUUCGUGAGAAAAUACUGAAGAAUUUUAAGGCCAAAGAGGAACAGCAGCAGGAAAAGCAAAGAGAGGAACUGAGGAAAAAAUUGUCGGGAACAAGGAAAUUGAAAAGUGCUGUGAUCAUGAAGAAGGCAAUUAACAAUAUGAUGAAGAAAAAGAAAAGUAUUGGGAAAAAAUUGGGAGAAGGGGAUAAGGGAGACUCUGAUGAUGACACAGAUGACGAUGAAGAUACAGAUGAUGAGGAUGAUGAUUCAGACAGUGAUGGUGAAAGUGAUGUCAGUGACACUAAGAGCAAACAGAUAACCAGCAAAAGAAUUAUUAUGAAAACAUCCUCCAAACCAGCAGUCAGCAAAAAGUCCCAGUCUUCUUCUAAGCUCGUUAAAAAGAAACGACACCAUUCAUCUUCAUCGUCAGAGUUUUCUUCAUCAGAUGAAAAUGAAACUGUUGCACCCAAGAGUGGAAUAAAAGGUGCUAGUGUCAUGGAGAAAGUUCUGAAAGCCAAUCGCAUGCGAGCAUGGAGGGAGCCCGGUGAUCGCGCUGACAGCCCUCCACCUGAAAAUCUCAGGGGUCGGGGUAGAGGUGCCUUGCACGGCGGCCCCAACAGGGGAAUGAAAUUUGAACAAAGAAGAGGCAGAGGCGCCAUGAGGGAGAGGAACAGAGGCAGGAAUAGGAACAAUGACAGGAACAGGAACAAUGUGAAGGAGCGCAGUGUGAGCAGAGAACGCAGCCGAAGCAGAAGUCGUAGCAAGGACAGGCGAGAGAGAAGCUUGUCAGAGGGCAGAGACAAUGACCACGGCCCUCGGAGGGGUCCUAUGCCACCGAUGGGUCCAGGUGGCAUGAUGCCCCUUCCACCUGGCCCCCCGCAUCCGAUGCUUUUCCCUCCACCUUUCCCCAUGCAUUUUCGUCCACCUUUUCCUAUGAGAGGCAGAGGACCUCGAGGUAUGCCCCCUAUGGGGAUGAGGGGAGGGCCAAGGGGCAUGCGGAUGCCAAUCCCACCCCCAGGUUUCCGAGGUGGACUGCAUGUGUUUAACAAGAGCUAUCUCAGAAAAUACAACCAGUUUUUGGGCAUGGGCAAUCAAAUGAGAGACAUGACAGGCAGAUAUGCCCAACCUCUGCAAGUGCCACCUCCACCCAUGCCUAUGUACCCUGGGAACGACAUGGGUAACUCGAGAAAAGCUAGAAAACACAGGAAGGACCGGCACAGGCAUAGAAGCCGAGAUAGAAGUGAUGAUAACAGCAGGAGUGAUCAUAGGAGCCGCCAGAGGAGUAGAAGUAAUGAACAUAGCAGUGAUAGCAGAAGCCGGAGUGAUAGCCGUAGUCGGAGUAGACAUAGGAGUAGUAGUAAGGACAGAAGCCGGAGCCGUGAGAGAAGUCGAAGCAGGAGUAAAGAUAGGAGCAGAGACCGGAGCAGAAAUAGGAGUGAUAGCAGAGGCAGGGACAGUAGAACUAGGCGCAGGAGCAGAAGUACAGACAGCAGAAGUAAAGAUAGAAGCAGCGAUAAGGGUAAGCGCAAGGAGAGGAGUGAGAGUGUUGAAUCUGGCAAGGACAAGAGCAGGAGUGAGGAUAGAAAGAAGAACAAUGAAAGCAGCAGAAAAGCGGAAAGCGCAAGUCAGGAGAAAGCUAAGACAAGUAAUAAAGAGAGCAGUAGAAGUUCGGAGAGGCCCAAGAGAAGCGAGGACAAGAAAAGUGGGGCCCAGAGAAGGUCCAGAAGCAGAGAGAGAGACCAGAGAUCGGAUGAGAGGUCAUCAGAUAGUCAUAGUAAAAAUCCACACGUGUCAGAGUAGCAAUUUUAUGUUUUGCCUUAUUGCAUUUAGUUGUGAUCUAACUCUAUUAAGCUCCUCAAGCAUACUACUACAGUAUUUGUUGCCACGUGGAAUCAUGUGGGUUACUUUGUUGACUCUUGCUAAUACAUUGGUACAAUUUUGUUAUUUUAAGCCCUUCCAGUUGCAGAGUGCUGUCUGUAUACUAUCACUAGUGUCAGAAGGCUUGGCAAACAAUUUUUCUUUAAAUGUCCCUAAUUCUACAGCCAAUUCUAUACCAUUUAAUUAUUUUCCUGUUGACAACUUGAUAACCUUUUAGUACCAUCAAAUAAUAUGAAGUAUGAGUUGUGUUAAGUUGGAUACUGUGAUUGAUAUACAUAUUUUGUCAUGAGCUUGAUUUUUUUUUUAAAGUAUUUUUUUUAUAAUGCUGGUUUGUCAAAUUGGUUAUUUAAAAAAAAGUUUUUGAUUGCAAUUACAUUUCCAUAAAUCUAUUUUUAUUGGUGAGUUUUGGUGUUUAUCUUUUUUUUUUAGUUAACACAAAGCUCUUGUUUAACAUCAUCUGUUGAAUCUGAAUGCUUAAAAAUUGUUUUACAAAGAAAAAAAGUUAAUAUGUUGUUUAGAAUUUAUUAUUGUGAGUGUUACUAAUUAACAAGAUCACAAAUAUUUUAUUGUUACCUGUAUUCACGUAUAGGAACUGUAUCACCAACUUUAUCAGGAAAAAUAGUAUGAAAUUAAUGUUGUCAAUUAUUUUUUUUUCAUCUGAUUAGACAACACUGAAGUAUAAAUAAGUAUAUGAAUUAUGUUAGCAGUUUUUUUUUUACUUCGUUCAUCCUUGCAAAUAUUUAUAUAUUUUUGUGUAAAUUAUGUUGAUAAUUAAGUAAAGGUAGGCUUAUUAGAUCAUGAAUAGAUAUUAUAGUUCAUCGUCUAAUAGUGUUUCUAUUAUAUCCAAGCUGGGAAUUCUUAAAUCCCAAAUGUUGAAAGUUUUUUUUUAAUAGGUAAGAUGUACAUAAUUUUUCUUGGCUAUUUCUAACUCAUUUUUUAAAUAAAUCACAUGGUUUUGUGAUUU